AUGGCGAUGGCGGCGGCCAGGAGAGCGCUCCUGGCCCACCUCCGCGUGCCGGCGGUCCACCCUGCGGCGGCGGCAGGGACCAUCCUCGCGGCACGGAGGCUCCUGUCGUCGACGACGGAGGGGACGAAGGGGUCGUUCCUCGACAAGGGCGAGGUCGCCGACCGCGUCCUCUCCGUCGUGAAGAACUUCCAGAAGGUUGAACCCUCAAAGGUGACACCUACUGCCCAUUUCCAGAAGGACCUUGGACUCGAUAGCUUGGACACUGUCGAGGUCGUGAUGGCGUUUGAGGAAGAAUUUUCCUUCGAGAUCCCUGACAAUGAAGCAGAGAAGAUUGACUCCAUCAAGACAGCGGUUGACUUCAUCGCUUCGCAUCCUCAAGCAAAAUAA